AUGCAGUUGCGAGCGCCGUAAAACCUCUACUAAAACUAAAACUCAAGGGCCUAACUGCUACACAACAGACGCCGAUGCUCUUCACCCUGUACUCAAAAGAUGCAUUUGUAAAGUCCAGACAUUCGUGGGAUAGUUGCAAACUCCGAACACGAGGCUAUGGCUGUGAGCUAAUCUUCUACACCACCAACAUCAUCGUCAUCAAAAAGUUCUGGCAGGUUGGGAAUCUUGGACAGUGCUGGAACGCGAGUCUCACGAUGGAAGGCGGUGUGUGGGGUAUAGUGAUCAUCGUUUCGGCGUUCAUGAUUCAGUUUCUGGCCUUUGGUGCUACUUCUAGUAUCGGAGUCUUCAACAUUGAACUGCUGGACUAUUUUGACCAAGCCACUGUCGGUGUCUCCCUCAUUGGAGCCCUUAACUUUGGGAUCUUUUUGGGAACAGGUCCCAUCGUGAGCUUCCUGAUGACCAAGUUCUCCUACAGGAAAAUCGCAGGGGUGGGCUCUCUGCUCAUAGUGCUGGGUCUGGUGGGCAUGCCCCUGCUGCCCUACAUCCCCUCCAUGUGUCUGUGCUACGGAGUUCUCACGGGUUUCGGCAGCAGCUGUGUGUACCUCCCCUCACACGUCCUGAGCGGGCUGUACUACGAGAAGUACCGCAGCGUUGCCACAGGGGUCGCCACAAGCGGCUCUGGUCUGGGCGGGGCAGUCAUGCCCGUGGUCACCGGCCUCCUGAUAGAGCAGUACACCUGGAAGGGAUCCUUCAUCAUCCUGGCUGGGCUCUGUCUUCAUCUCUUCAUCUUCUCCCUGCUGCUGCUCAUGCCACCUGAUCUGAACUCUGCCAAGACCAGAGAGAUCAACAUCCCUGAGACAACAACAGAAGCUCUGUCGGCCUCUGACCAAGGUGAUGUCUGUGGGAAUGAGGAAGGGAAGCUGUGCUUAACGGUUUCAGAGGAUAAUCAAAAAAAGAUGUCCGAGUUGACUGAACUCAGUAAUGGGGAGUUAGGAUUUAAGGAAGUGGAUGUCAGUCAAGUUGACGGUGCGAAUAGACUGAGCGGGGAUGUAUGCUCUCGGUCGUUGGAUAAUGUGUCCAGCAAGCCCUAUCAGAAUGGUUGCGACUCGGCUUCGUCAUGGAAGGAUGGUUCGAGUCCCUCUGCCAAGUUGCUGAAUGGUGGCAAAGGUGCGAAGAACCUGUCUGGUCUGAAACCUCUGGCUCUAUCUGUGUCCUCUCUACACGCCGUAGGCUCCAGGGGCUCUGGCUAUCUUGUGGUGGACAGCAGCCCCGACGUCCAUCAGUUGUCCACCACAGCUGUUCGGGAUGCAGAAGAGGUCAAGGUCAGAGCUCCGAAUGCAUCGAGACACGUGUAUAUCUUCACAAGCUACCCCUUUGACGUGUAUUUUGUGAGCAACAUCCUGUGGAAUGCUGGCUGUGCUAUUGUUGGGACAUUUGGGCCUGAGUUCCUCAGAGAGAAAGGUCUCACUUCCAUGCAGGCAGCUUGGCUCAGCGGCUCCUUCGGAUUAGGUACUUUUCUCGGCGGGAUUUUUGGCGGACUUAUCGGAAACGUGAAGUGCGUCAAUCGUCAAGUUCUGUACACGGGAGCAAACAUAGUCAUGGGGGUCUUUGUGAUCGCCUUCCCCAACUUCGAGGGCAUUCCCUUGUACGCCACCUGCCUCAUCAUCAGUGGGUUUGCCUUUGGAAUUAUCCUGGGUCUAUUGGUCAUCGUUCUCACAGACCUUAUCGGCAUCGACAGUCUCGGGAACGGGCUGGGCUAUCUCAUGUUGUCCAACGGCUUGGGAACCUUCAUUGGUCCACCUUUGGCAGGUCUGGUUCGUAGUCCUGAGUACGGCUUCAAGAUGGGCAUCAUCCUGGCGGGGGUUUUGUGUAUUGCUGGAGGCUUCACCAUGUUCUUGAUGCCCUGCAGGCGAUGUUGCCUCUCCGACGUGGAGAAAGUGGAGCACGAGGAGGAAAAGGAGAAAAUAGCUUUGUAGACAGAUUACUUGAAAUUCUCUUUCAUGCAAAUUUCACAGCGAAGUCAAGGCAGCCCCCC